GAUAACGUUGAAGAAAGCGGCUGCUUCCUGUAGCACACAUGUACACAGCACAAAAUUAGAGGAUGGAUUCUUCUAAAAGUAAUGAACCCACGAAUCGUGGGUUUCAAGUCAGUAAUUCGGACGCUAAUGAGGAGGAAGAAAACGAACUGUGUCCCGGUUUUAAAGACGCGGACACUUUCGUUAAAUAUGGAUUGGGAGCUGUGUUAUCGGCUACAAAAGCUUCUGCUGGCAUACCUCAGGCCGGAGAUGAAUAUGAUUUCUAUCGGAGCUUUCCUGGCUUCCAGGAGUUUUGUGAAAGCCAAGGAGAUAAGCUUUUACACUGCAUGAGUCAGAUUAUGCAGUACCAUGGCUGCAGAUCUCACAUCAGAGACAGGAACAAGCUGACAGGGAUGGAAGAGAGGUUUGACUUGGUUGUAGACUCAAAUGAAGUUAUCCUCGAAAGAGCGGGGAUUCUGCUUGAUGAGGCCGACGGGGUGAACAGAAGCCAGAAGCCUGUCAUGCCUGCUGGAUUUCAGCCUCCAAAAAUUGUCGUUUCCAGCUGGAAUCGAAAGGCUUCCAGCUCUGGCAGUCGUUCUGAGACAUUCAGACUGCUUCACGCCAAAAAUGUUGUGAGGCCUCAGCUGAAAUUCAAGGAAAAAGUUGACAACAGCAACACACCUUUUAUCCCGAAGAUAUUUAUCAAGCCCAAUGCAUUAAAGUCACUUCCAUCUUAUUUCACUAACAAACAAAUACGGAAAGAAAGGCCGGAGGACCUUGAUGUCCCAGCUGCCCUGGCUGACUUCAUUCACCAGCAGAGAACUCAGGAACAUGUUGGAGACAUGUUUGCACACCCAUACCAAUAUGAACUGGAUCAUCUUACCAUAACAGAAAGCCUUUUGUCCAAGCCAGAGCCUCAGAUGUACAAAGCAAUGGCUGAGACCAAGUUAUCCUUUAUUGACUCUCUGGAGGACUUAGUGGCUCUGAAUGAAAAGCUGUGCAAAUUGCCUGAAUUUGCAGUGGACCUUGAGCACCAUUCCUACAGGAGUUUCCUCGGCCUCACCUGUCUAAUGCAAAUCUCCACCCGGGAGGAGGACUUCAUCAUCGACACCCUGGAGCUUCGCAGUGAAAUGUACAUCCUGAACGAGGUGUUCACUGACCCUACUAUUGUUAAGGUGUUUCAUGGUGCUGAUUCGGACAUUGAGUGGCUCCAGAGGGACUUUGGCUUGUACGUUGUCAACCUUUUUGACACACAUCAGGCGAGCCGAGCUCUCAACCUGGCCAGACAUUCUCUCGACCACUUGCUCAAACACUUCUGCAACGUGGACUCUGACAAACGUUACCAGCUGGCUGACUGGAGGAUUCGCCCCUUGCCAGAAGAGAUGGUACAGUAUGCUCGGGGAGACACACACUAUCUCCUUUACAUCUAUGACUGUGUGAGAGUGCAGCUGUUGGAAAGCAACCAUGGGCAACCUGGCCUGUUGCAAAGUGUCUGGAACAAGAGCAAAGAUGUUUCACUGAAGAAAUAUGUGAAGCCUAUAUACACAGAGGAGUCAUACUUAGAGGUGCAGAGGAAGCAGAAAAAGUCUUUUAACACCCAGCAGCUCACUGCCUUCAGACUGCUGUUUGCCUGGAGGGACAAGCUGGCCAGGCAGGAAGAUGAAAGCACCGGAUAUGUCUUGCCAACUCAUAUGAUGAGCAAAAUAUCUGAGGAGCUGCCCAGAGAGCCUCAGGGCAUCAUUGCCUGCUGUAACCCAGUCCCCCCACUGGUGAGGCAGCAGGUCAAUGAACUACAUUUGUUGGUGCAGCAAGCCAGGGAGAUGCCUCUCCUGAAGGCUGAGAUUGCAAUUCCGAAGAAGAAAGGACUUACCACUAUUAAAAAGUCAGAAGGCUUGUUGUUUGGUCCACAUGAUACAUCCAGAGUUACUGACAGCGACCUUCCCCAAUUUUCACCUAAUGAAGCACCAGUUAAACAAGGGAUACUUUUCUCAGAGGAGGUUGAGCUCAAAAUGGACCUUGACGAGCAGAAAACAAGCAGUCUCCUGGCACCAGCUAAAAUCACACUGUUUCAAGAGCUGGAAAAGCACGAUGAGCAGAAGUCGAUAUCUGUAGCUCAGAUGAAAGCCAGACGUAUCAUUGAGUCUUUUGAAAACCCUUUCAGGAUGUAUUUACCCACUGAUGUGCAUGUUAACAAGAAUGCCAAGUUUGACCCAUCUUCAAAAAUAUUUGAGAUCAGUAAAAGAUGGAAAUUACAAAGUAUUGAACAACAACAGAAGGAGUUAGAGGCCAGGAGGAAAUCCAAUGAGGAAGCAAAGCUACAGGCAAAGAAAGCAUUGGAAGAAAGAACCAAGGCUAAACAGAGCUAUCAAGAGUCUCUCAAGAAUGUUGCCACUGUGCGCCAGCAAGCAGCGGAAUCUGCAAAAGACUGUGGAAAGAAAAGGGAAAGAGGUGACUGCGAGGUUGGAGAGAUGACUCCCAAACCAAGUAAGAAACUGAUGAAAUCAGCAGAGAAGCCCCAGAAGACAGAAGCGCCAUCCGAAGACAGCUUCAAGCCAUUUGACUACAGUCAGUCAGACCUCAAAGUCUUUGCAGGGGCCAAAUCAAAGGACAACACACAGUUCGAUCCCAACCGGCAAGCCCAUCAUUUUAAGAAAAAGAAAUUUCCUCAAGGACAAAAGAACAAUUCCGCAAGUGGAAACAGAAGUAUGUCGUACCUGGCUGGCAAAUCGGAUCGAGGAUUCCGGCACAACUGGCCCAAGAGAUAAACUUUCUGAUGCUAUUUCUUUUUGUUUUAAACAGCUCACAGAGAAUAUUUAUUUUCCUUCUUGCAAGGGAAAUUUGAUUAAUUUCAAACCAUAUUUUUUUUUCCAUAUGUGAAACAGUUUGUCCUGUAAAUAUGUGGAAGCACACAACUCUAUUAAAGGUGAUUUUAGAAAAAAAAAUGCUUUUUUUUUUCUUUAAGUUUUAGUAGAGCAAUACAAUGCAGUGAUUUCCUUAUUUGAAGAUACUGGUUAAAUUUAUACC